UUAUCAAUGUAUGGAAUAAAAAAUAUGUAUUUUUCCAUUAAUUGUCUGCAUGUUAGACUGAAUACUGUCACAAUGCUACAUUUCAGAUAGUUCCACACAGGUGUACUGGUUAGAGCUUGAAAUCGAGUCAUCGGUGUAUGACAACAUCACUAAUUAUCUGAAAACACUGCCAAUAAUAUACAUAACUGAUGCAUCUGUAACAGACAUCACCAUCACAACAGAUUGCAAACUGGAUGAGAUGUAUAAAGAUUGUUCAUGCAUGGUGAACUACACAUACAGUGAGGAAAUGUGCAAAACAUAUGGCUGCUGCAAUGACACCUGCAGGCAGAAAGUUAAUGACAUUGCUGUGUGUUUGCCUAAAUCAAGAGUAAGCAUCAAUGGAUUUACUACAUUUGCAAACGAGUCUUGCAUACUUUUAUGUGACCCGAGCAAACAAAAUACUAAAGAGUACCAGGAUAACAACGAGAAAAUAAUCAAAAUGCUUGCAGAAAAAUACAGCACAUUGAAAAAUUUUGAUUCUCUGAUUAUCAACAGUUACAGGAGUGGCAGUGUGAUCGUAAAUUAUACGGUGCAGGUAAUGGGCUCAGUUACGCUUAAUCAGUUGGAGAACGUUACCAACAGUCUGCCUGCUUCUGAUCUGAAAACAACAGGCUUCGUCGUUAUUGAAGGUCCUCAUGAUCCGAUUGAUAUCGACUCCUCGGUAAAUAUAAUUUGUCGUCCGAAAGAAGUGAUGGGAGAGGUAAGGUGGUACUUAAUAGAUGAGUGGAAUAAAAAAAAAACUGAGAUCACAACAGGACAAGAGGCAGACUUUAAAUACAACUUUUUGGAGGACAUUGUUCAGCUAAAUCAUAUUUCAGGCAGCUGGAAAGGAUCAAUUCAGUGCGUGUAUGCAAAAGGGUCCAUACAACACACAGCAAGUACAGUGUUGGACAUAGCACUUCUGCCAGAAAUACAGGCUAAGAGCACUCCCCAGUUUUCUGAUUGUAGAAAUAACCAAUUCAAAAAGGCUACCAUUGAAUGUAAAAUUUCAAAAAGUACAGAAAAUUACACGGUUACUUGGAAUACUGCUCUUAGUUUCACAGAAAUAGGACCAGAAAUCCAGGACAAUGUUUUAACUUACAAAGCAGAGGCGAUCAUAAAUUGUGAAUCGUAUAAUAUAAAUAGGAAUGAGACACUGAAUGUUGCAUGCAUAUUCACCAACAAAAGAGCCAAGUACAACCAAAAUAAAACCCAAAAAGUGGAGAUCCCAGCCAUUCUUUCCAGUUCAAAAUUCUGCGAAGGAGAUGGUGUGUGGCCCAUUACAAAAAACAACUAUACAGCCAUUUUACCCUGUGAGAACUCUGCUGUUGGUUCACAAAUGAAACUGUGCAAUGAAGGAUGGAAAGAAGAAUUCUCUACUUGUGUGAAUUUGGAACUAAACAGCAUUAAAAAGGAUAUAGAGAUAUUAAAUAAAGGCAUUGGCCUUAUUAAGAAUGAUGCAGACGGACUUUUCGUUCGAAUAAAGGAUUCAACCACUGUGGAGACAUUCAACUCAUAUGCAAAUAUUAACGCAUCUGUGGGUAUUUUUGAAGCCUUGAACAAAGUGUCUAAACAGCAGUCGAAUCAAUGGAAUGAUACUGUCAUGCCUAACUUUGUCAGUGCUAUAAGCAACGCUUUGAAUAAAACAGAUUCCUGGAACAAUCCUGAAACUAAAAACACUUAUUUAUCUGUAACGUAUCUACAGACUAUUGAGAACAUUAUACGCAACUCAAAUCUGACUAUGAGUCAGCCUCAAAAAUCAAAUAAUGUUAAACUGGAAGUCUGUAAUAAGACCGGAGACGCACAUUGCAGCAACUUUAAUGCCAGCAUCAGCACAGACAAUAGGGUCGUUGUCGUUGCAUUCCGGAACCUUCACGAAAUUUUACCCAAGUAUGAAACAAGGCCCUUAGAGACCACCAUCUUGUCAGUCACCACUGUAAACAAUAAGACCAAUCCUAUCUCUGUCCAGAUGAUGUUCGAUCAUGGUGAAGACAGACUUCGGAAUCAUGAAAUGUAUUGUCUUUUCUGGGAUGAACAUAACAAUACUUGGUCUAAAGAUGGUUGUACGUGGGGUGGAGCGGAAAAUCAAAAGUUGUGCACAUGUACACACAACUCUGCCUUCACCAUAAUGAUGUCCAAGAAUGCAGAAACCCUUCCGUAUAUGAAGGAACUGACCUACGCUGGCUUAGGGGUAUCCAUCGUCUCACUUGUUCUGUGUUUAAUCAUUGAGUUUUUGGUGUGGGAUACAGUUGUAAAGUCAGACAUCUCCAAUUUUCGGCACGUGGCCUUAGUCAACAUCUCUUUCUGCUUGCUGAUGGCACACUGUGGAUUUUUAGCAACGUCUGAUCCAACAGUAAUCCACUCAAACUGGUGCUCCAUCCUCACAGUAUUCAAACACUUUUUUUUCCUUGCCGUCUUCUUCUGGAUGCUGUGCUUAAGUGUCGUGCUUCUUCACCAAAUGAUAUUUGUCUUUGACCAGCUGAGGAAAAAGGUUUUUUUGGUAUUGUCUAUCACUGUUGGUUACGUAUGCCCUUUAAUAUGUGUGGCAACAACCUUCAUUACAUUUGAGAACGGUCAAGAAGAUAAAUACUAUUCCAAAGAGACUUGCUGGCUCAUAUAUCGGGGUGUGCUGAAGGGCUCUCUCUUUUCCUUUGUAAUUCCUGCCUUAACUAUCGUGAUGGUAAACCUUUUCACACUGGUUGUGGUGAUCAUGAAGAUAGUAACUCCUACUGUGUCGGAUUCAAAGGCGCGGGACAACAAGGACGUUGCCAAGGGUAUGAUUAAGACAAUAGUUUUCCUAAGCCCUGUCCUUGGAAUAACUUGGCUCCUCGGGAUUUUAGUGCUGUACCUUGAUCUUACACAAAAACCUUUUGCCCAAAUUGUGAGCUACGCAUUUACAUUAUUCAAUUCGCUGCAGGGCUUUUUGAUACUGCUGACAAACUGCUUGGUAGAGAAAAAGGUUCGUGAUGCACUUCAGAAGCGUUUCCAAUCCAAGCAAUCAGUGAAUGCUAAAAGUGAAAGCUCGGGCAAAGCGACAUCUUCAGUUAUGAUGAAAUAAAGAUUGGACAGAUUAAAAUCUGUGCCUUCUAAGAGCACUGGAAGAGAAGACAUGAGACUCGAGGGAAAAUUCAA